GGUAGCCCUGGGGGAAGCUGGGGUGGCUGGGCCAGUUUCUACUUGUCUCAGACCCCAAGAGCAUCAUCCCUAGACCUACCACAGCUGGACUGACAUCUUAUGCCAGCCUAUCCCCAGGAAAUGCAUGAGGCCUGGCUCCUCUUCCCUGAAGUGGCAGGUCUUCCCCUUACAGACAGGGUGGAGAAGAGCUAGUACCAGGCUAGAUAGUCUUGCUCAAUGUUCUUUCUAGAUGUAGGGAGAGUCAGGACCCAGGUUGGGUAAGUGGCCAUGGAAAGAGAGCUUCCAGAAUCCAUAAUGUAAGCCUUGAGUUUUGCCAACAACUGCUCUCAAGCCUAGAUUCUUUGAUGUCAUAAAAGCCCAUGGUCAAACACACAGUCAGCCUUAUAGUCUAGGGGCCCCAGGAGGCCUUCUCUGGUGAGGGAAGCAGCAUAUAAAGUGACAUGUGUAGCCAACGAGGACCAGAAAGGAGUGAUGGCAGAGGUGGCUGGAAAAGGUUUCCAGAGAACAGGAGAGAGAUGCAGGGCCCAGACCCUCCACUGCUUCUAGGCCUGGAGACAAGGAGAGGGCACUGAGCAUCAGUUGGGGGUCCCAACAGUAAAAAGCUCACUCAAUGCAGGAGAACUCAGCAGAGUGUACAUGCAAAGGAAUAGAUGUAAGAGCCUCAGGGUCCUGGGUUUUUAAUCUCUGUCGUGUCAGCUUGCUUUAUGAGGAAUGGAAGGAGCCAGCACAGCAACACUUCUUCUCCAAGCAUGACAACCGUACUUCUUUCGACAAAGAGGGCCCCUACUGCCUGCUGCAGGGAAUUGGAAGGCGAAAAGACCUGGAGCACCUGUGGCAGCGGCACACCUUCCUGCGCUGGGCACCCUGUGAGCUGGAGUUGAGCCAGCAGCGGCCCCUUGAAUCCUCCUACCAGGCCAAUUUCCGGUCAGGCCCUGGACUCAGUGACAUCCCCCAGCGCCUUGUCCACUUUGUGCAGAUCCAGCCUCCCCGUACCAGCACCACCUAUCAGCAGAACUUCUGCCAACCAUCCCAGGGUGGCCAUUGUGGCAGCAACAAUGUGGGGCCAGUCACCAACACACUGCCUGACCUCCCAGGGAUCCCAAGACCCAAGCUGCUGCAGCAUUACCUUCAUGCUGGGGUCUCUGAGUGUCUAAACUGGUCCAGAGCAUUAAACAAGGAUGGCUAACA